CUAAAAUUAUACUCUUAAUAGUCAUUUUAAAUCGAGUUACUACUUUAUUGCUAAACAACUACUUAUCUCUCUCACUCGAUGGCGUAGCUAGACUUUAAGUUGACUAAGGUUUUUUAAAAAUCAAUAAUACUAAAAUUUAUGCAUCUAAUGGAUUUUCUGCCUCAUCGUUUUGCCGAGUGGGAUCAUCGAACCCCUGUACCCAACUCUUGCAUCCACCACUGCCGUCAGCCAUAAUGAGACUAAGACACGAUCCAAACUCCUACGAAAGACAACGAUAAAAGAAGUUCAUGCAAUGAGCAAAAGACUGACGAAGCAAUGCCGUUUUGCUGCGUGGAGGUAGAAGGCUUAAGUUAACUAUCUAUUACUAAAUACAAAAAAGAGAGCAUGCAUAUUUCAUUGCCUAAACUCUUCUCAACUAUCACCCAACGACAACCCUCCACGUGUACAACCCAUAAAAUCAAUGAAGUUAACGACCGGCGGUGACAGCUCAUUACAGCCGUCCAAUCACCACACCACCAACAUAGUUAGAAUAACCAGACCAGGUAAGCGGCAACCUCAAGCUGUCUCCUUCUCCUUAUUUUUUUCAAGUUUUUCCCUUUCUUCUUCCUUUUGUAUUCCAUUACCAAAAAAAAUCAAAAAGAUCCCAUUUCCUGCCGAGUGCCGACUCUUCUCUUUGUCUGGCCUUUCCCUCCUCCGUCCCUGUUAGUGCUAGGGGUCAUUUCACUAUUAUUCUCUUCACUUUUAUCAUUAGUUGCCUUUUCAGUUAUUCUUCUCUCUGGCCUUCUUCACUCAUCCUCCUUUCUCAUCAAUGGUAUCCUUUCUUAGGUUACAAGAUUUGCUCUUCUCCACCAUUAAUCUCAUCCUCUCCACUUUAGCUUGCUUCUCCUUCUUCAUUUACCUAACCGUUAGCUAGAGUAGAUGCAUCGUUCCCCCCUCAGCCGAUUCUUACCCUUUUCUUUUACGUUUUCACUUCCUCUCUCAGUUUUCUUUUCUUUUUUUCCGGUGGAAGUCAAUGCUUUACCUUUCCUAGUUUCCGCUUCCUUUUCCUUUACCUCCCUGGCCGAUUUAGUUCUGAGAUUCGUCAUUGGCCGGAGGAAAGCAGAGUGAUUGACCUUUCUACCCAGAUUGUGAAAAGCCCAUGUUUUGCAGCUCCCGCCUUGAAUUCCUCCAAUUCAGGGCCAGGGUUUGGUGGGUUCUCAAUGUUUAGCCAAUUGGGUAGAUGGGAUGUUUUGGGGGGAGGGGAAAGUCUCGAGCUUUGCCUCUAGUCUUCGCUCUAGCCUGCUCUGUUUUUUGGGGGUCCGAAAUUGAGGGUUUGAGAGUGUAGUAUUAUCUUGUUUUGUUUUGGUGCGUAUGAUGUCGAUGGAUGACAAGGAGGAAAAUGGAUGUGAUACCAAGCCUUUGAUAAGUAAAGAUGGCGAUGAAGUUGAGAAUCAAGGGGAUGACGGGGAAGAGGGCGAGUCCAAUUCUUUGUUGGCUCCGAGGAAAGGUGGGAUGUCCAGAAAGUCAGGAAAGGUGCGGCGGAACGUUCAGUGGAACGAUAAGAAUGGGCGUAAGCUUGCAGAGAUUCUGGUGUUUGAACCCAGCGAUACUGACUCAGAUGACGAGGAUUCAGAUGCUUGCAUUUGUACCAUAAUGUAGAUAUUGCCAUCAUCACCAAUUACAGCAGUAUUCAGCAAUCUGUAGAUGACUAUCAACAACUACAGAAGAUCCCCAAACCACACUCUUCUGUGCAGCCAUAAUUUUGACACUUAUUUGGUGGAAUCAAAGGUUCAAAUUCUUGCCAUACAAGUUUACCAUGAUUCAAGCAGUUGAUGGUGCUCAUCCUGACAAUGAUAACAUAUUGGAAUACCAGUACUGCGAUGAAGGUAUUCAGGAAUUUUUUCAUGCAGUUGUCAUUUGCUUCGAUCUUAUUAUAUGAGGUGAUGAGGGAUCAAAGCAGAGAGUCAUACAAUAACUCUGAUCUGUCGUAUAGGAGGUAGCUAUAGAAACUGAAAGUGAAAAUUGCUGGCUUAUUUGCCAGUGUUUGUGCAUAUUCUGUACCAGCAUCUGUAGAUCAUUCAACUAUUACUUCCCAAGUGUUCCUAUUGUCUCUUUAAUCGAGUUCCUUUCCUACGAGUGACCUCCAAGUAGUAUGGGAUUCCUUCUGGAACCACAUGCGCCAGAAUUUUGUUUGCAGAAUGAUACUGUAAAAUUUCAUAUCUUGUCAUGACAGAAUGAGAAUAUUGG